AUGAAUCGAUUUAAAUUCUUUUUUCUUCAAUUGUUGAUCUUGAUCCAAUCGAUUGAUACACAUUGUGAACCUUUAACUUCAAUCCCUAUCAUUCGAAGAAAGCCCACUUUUGAAAAAAGGGAUGAUUCAGAUCAGGCGGUUAAUCAAAGAGCAAUUUGGCAGGCGGAGUUACUGCUUAACAAAUAUCGUCUUUCGAGAGGUCAACCAGGUUCACAAGAUGAUGAUCCAUCCCUUCAACGACGUGGAUCAAGUAUUCAACAUCAUCCCCUCACAAAUGGUUGUGUAGAUUCAGAUUACUACGGUGUAGUAGAAAUAGGAAAACCACCACAAAGAUUCAACGUAAUCAUCGAUACAGGAUCAUCAGAUUUCUGGGUAAUAGGCAGUACCUUUCCACGACCUAGAACCCCAACUACAUCAGCCAAUAACAAAGGAGUUUCAAGCAACUUUUUAAAUCCAGAAUUCGCAUCUAAUUCUAUAACUGGUGCAUCAUAUUCACCAGAAAAAUCUAAAACUUUUAAAUCUACUCUAAAUCAAUUUCAAGUGACUUAUGGGUCGGGAAAAGUGAUUGGAUCUAUUGGAACUGAGAUUAUUAGUUUUGCUGGUUAUACUGUUGCAGAUAAACUUUUUGGUGUAGCUAAUCAGGCUACUGGUGGACUUUUGUCGGGUGAUGUAUCAGGUAUCAUGGGAAUGGGAUUCAAGUUACAAGCAUCAACUGGUGUGACACCUUUUUGGCAAUCAGCCAAGAUCUCAACUUUUGCAUUGGGUAUCACGAGAUUUAUUAAUAUCACAAGUAGUAAAGAAUCAGAACCUGGUGGGAUUUUAACUUUAGGUGGUGUAAAUCAAUCACUUUAUACUGGAAAAAUAAACUAUAUCCCAUUAGAAAGUCAAUCUUAUUGGCAAAUUGCAAUGGAUGAAGUCUCAAUUAAUGGAGGAGUGAUUCCAAAUUUGGGUUCCAAAUCGGUUGCAAUCGAUACUGGUACUUCUUUAAUCGGUGCUCCUACUUCUGCUGUUGAGGCCAUUUAUAGUCAUAUUCCUGGAUCUCAACCUGCUAAGGGAAUUUAUCGUGGUUACUAUCAAUUUCCAUGUUCUUCUUUACCCACCUUAAGUUUAACCUUCGGUGGUAUAUCGUAUUCAAUCUCACCAGAUGAUUUUAAUAUAGGUAAAAUAGAUCAAUCAGGUGAAAAUUGUUUGGGAGCUAUUUUUGCAGUAAAUUCGCCUACAAUUCAGUCCAAUCUUAUUGCUCCUUCUUGGAUCAUUGGUGAUAGUUUUUUGAAAAACGUUUAUUCAGUUUUUCAAAUCGAACCUCUACCUGGUUUUAUUGGUUUUGCUUUACCCGUGAAUGACUAUCAAAACUUAUUGAAUAGUGUUGGAAAAGCUGUGGGUGCUAAUCCUGGGAUUAAUGUAAACGGUAGAGCAAAAUCAAAUGGAAAUCGGGUUAAUGUUCAAGUUCUUGGUCUUCUUUUGAUAACUUUUAGUAGCUUGUUUGGUUUCAUUUUGAUAGUGUGGUAG